GGGGGUCUCGCCAAGCAUUGAGGAGGGAGGGGAUAUUUUAAUGGCCGUCAGUAGCACUACUAAAUGCAAAAAGUCCGAAAUGUUCUUUACAUUCAGACUGUAUUAGCUGCCAGGGAGCUCAAGACGCGUGUCUCUGGAAACAGACAUCGCUUCGCGGUCGCCUUCGGGACAGAUAUGCGCCUGUAGCGGUGUUUCCGUCGCGUUUGACGGACUUUACCCGCUUGGUUUGUGUGCGGGAAGGAGUGCAGGCCCAGCCGGCUGGCUAAGAAACAAGGUUAGCUCGUCGCUGGAGUUGUAAGGGAAUAUGUAAAAUAAAGAAGCCGACAUGACAUCAAGAUUUGGCAAAACGUACAACCGCAAGGGAGGUGAGGCUAAUUCAAAAUUUGAAGAGGUCUUUUCCAAUAAAAAGCCCUCUUUGACCACCAAAUGGGGAGAGACUACCUACAAAGCUCAGUUGGGAGGCAAAAGGCCUCAGUUAAAAUCUGAUGUGUCCGAGCUCUCCAAGAGGCCCAGGCUCGAGGGCAGUGACAACGAGGAAGACCCUUUUGGGUUCGACAGUGAUGAUGAGUCCAAGACUGUAACUUCUCACAGUGUGUCCCAGAGCAAUGUCAGUGAAGGGAGUGCAACAAAGACGGCCACAGUGCCAGCAACCACUACUGCUGUUGCGACUUCUACUCAUGGCCCUGCAAGUUCAACGGCUACUUUCACAAGUAAGCAAAUAUCAGAGGAGAAGGCUGUUAAAAAUAACCAACCCUGGUACACAAGUGCAUCUGAUAGCAACCAAAAACCUGCUGGUGUGACCUCCUACUCAAACACAGUCCGCUCUGAUAAUCAGACCCUCUCGGUGUCCCAGAAUGUUGCUUCCGUUACCAGUGGUGAGACCUCUAAGCUUUCCACUGAUGCACCAGGUGGUAGUAGAGACUUUCAGGCCCCUUCCUCAUAUGAUGGUCUGCCGUCAGAAGAGAUGCAAAGUGCAGAAGCGGAGCCCCCCACUGAGCCUCCACCUGAGCCAGUUGACAACAUUCCCCCUUCCCCAUUUACCCUGAGGGCUUCAAAUUGCAAGAAAUACCAGCGGCCCAGCCGGCAUGGUAAAAUGUCAUCUGAACUUGCUGAAAACAAUAGCAACCAGCCCACUGACGCAGCCAGUGCCCAAGAUAAACCCAACAGCGUUGCUUCUGCCGGUGCAAGUGGUGCCGCCACCACUGGUAAAACAGCAGCCAAGCCUGCAGGCAGGGGUGGCGGACGGGUGCGGGAUUACACGGUUCUCCACCCGUCCUGCCUGUCUGUGUGUAAUGUCACUAUCCAAGACUCCAUAGAGCGAAGUAUGGAUGAGCUGGUCACCCCAGCUGCGCCUGCUGACAUUGGAGAAGCAGGCCAGAUGAAGAAGAAGUCUGAUGCACCACCACCCAAACCUACCAGGUUCAGGCCCACCCAGACAAAAACUAAGAAGACCAAGACUGAGACCAAGCUGGAGUUCUUUGGCUUUGAGGACAAAGAGGACCAGGGGGGCGACGAAGGUUCUGAGGGCAGCAUGGCAGGAAAGAGUAGCUACAAGAUCAAAUACUUUGGCUUUGAUGAUUUGAGUGAGAGUGACAGCGAUGACGAGAGCUCUCAGGCCAAAGAGAAGAAAGCCAAGAAGGCCGCAGCAGCUUUAGCAGCUCUGAGCUCCAGUGUGGACAGUCCCCAUACUAGUGACUCUCAGGACAGCCAGGCCAGCAGCAACACAGAUGCUUUUGACUUCUCUGAUGACUCGAGUCCCGGUGGCGCUGAUGGGCAGAGAGGACGUUCGGGCAAGUCAAGUGACAAAUCCAAGGAUGGAGGCAGUGGACUGAAGAAGAUUUUCAGUGGACCCAAGAAGUCCCCUGCCAAAGCUGUGUAUAACGCUCGUCACUGGAACCAACCCGAGCCUGAAGAGAUACCCGUGCCUCCGCUGUCACGAUCUCAGACUGCCCCGGCCGUUUUAUCGAGCAGCAGCAGUGGCAGCGGCAGUGGCGGCGGCAGCGGCAGCAAGGACAACAACUCCCAUAAAGAUGACGGCGUGUUCAAAGCCCCUCCACCACCACCCAAAGUCAUUAAGACGGAGACCAUCCCCACACGACCCAACCAGGAUAUUGUCACAACGCUCAAAUGCAGAAAAGAACAUAAGGAGCUGUACACGGUGGUGCAGCAUGUGAAACACUUUAAUGAUGUGGUGGAGUUCGGAGAGAAUCAAGAGUUCACAGAUGACUUUGAGUACCUUGAGACGGGACUGAAGAGCAGUCAGCCGCUCAACACGCGAUGCCUUAGUAUUAUCAGCCUGGCCACCCGGUGUGCCAUGCCCAGUUUCAGGAUGCACCUGCGAGCCAGAGGAAAAGUGGCCCAGGUCUUCAAAAUGCUCAGCGACGCUCCGCAGCACCCGAACCUCGCUCUGUGCACGGCUGCCCUCAUGUACAUUCUGAGUCGGGAUCGUCUGAACAUGGAUCUGGACCGGGCGUGUCUGGAGCUGAUGAUCAAGCUGCUGGAGAUGGACCAGGACUACUCGGGCCAGGAGGACCAGCUGACCGCAAAGGAGGUGGCGAAGGUCAAGGAGAAGAUCCGGAAGCUUUGUGAGACGGUGCACAACAAGCACCUUGACCUGGAAAACAUCACGACUGGCCACCUUGCCAUGGAGACGCUGCUCUCGCUGACCUCCAAGAGAGCCGGGGAUUGGUUCAAAGAAGAGCUGCGGCUCCUCGGAGGCCUGGACCACAUCGUAGACAAAGUGAAAGAGUGUGUGCAGAACCUGAGCCAAGAGGAUGACAAGGAGAACCUUGUAGCGUCGUUAUGGGGAGCUGAGAGAUGCCUGAGAGUGCUUGAAAGUGUGACAGUGCAGAACCCUGAAAACCAGGGCUACUUGAUUGCCUACAAAGACUCACAACUCAUUGUCUCUUCUGCCAGAGCUUUGCGUUACUGUGAGGACAUGAUCCAGCGGUACAGCAGGGCAUUAAACAACAGCUCGGUGUCCUCAUCUGGCGCAACACUCCCCCACUGCAGCUUCAGUAAUGUGGGCAAGGCAGUGGAGGACUGCAUGAGAGCUGUCAUUGGAGUGCUGCUCAACCUGACUCACGAUAAUGAGUGGGGAAGCACGAAGACAGGUGAGCAGGAGCAGUUAAUAGUGACUGCGCUCAACUGCGUCCUCCGGGUGCCGCGUUACAUCCCUCAGGAGCAGCGCUUCGACGUGCGAGUCCUGGGCCUGGGUUUGUUAAUUAACCUUGUGGAGUACAGCUCCAGGAACCGGCACUGUCUGGUGGACAUGGAGUACACCAUCGACGACACCUGCCUGGAAGACAGCCUGAUACAGUCUGCUGACCCGACACAAUCGGACACAGCAGCCCAGUCAGCAGCACCGAGCACGGCCGCGAGUCAGGGAGACGGGCCUGACAAGCCCAAAUCCUCCGGUGCUUUGGCAGCCCUGGUGAAGCUCUUCCUCGAGAGGGAGGCUGCUGCCAUCCUGGCAGAGGCGAAGACUGACAACCUCAUCAGUGAAGCCCCGAAGCCGGCGUUGGACCAAAGUGGAGAGUGGCAAGAGACGUCGGGAGAGAUCCAGUGGGUGGCAUCUGAAACCAACAACGACAGCCAAGCUGAAAAGAAAGAGGAAGAAGAUGAAGAGUUGGACCUAAAUAAAGCUCUGCAGCAUGCGGGCAAGCAUAUGGAGGACAGCAUUGUUGCCUCCUACACCGCCCUGCUGCUGGGUUGCCUCUGCCAGGGAAGCCAGAUAAAUGUGACUACUGUAAGAGAGCAUCUACCUAAAGGGGAUUUCUCCAUCAUGACAGAAAUGCUGAAGAAGUUCUUGAGUUUCAUGAACCUCACUUGUGCAAUGGGCACCACAGGACAGAAGUCCAUCUCACGGGUCAUCGACUACCUGGAGCACUGUUAACAAACAACCAACUACCGCGAACUCCUUCUCCGACUGCACAGAUCAGAGGGAUCCCAGGCCACUCUGGUCCCUCCAGCCCAACAGUAGCCACAGUGGGGGGGCGUUGGAGUCCCAGCAGCAUUCCCUGCACUUAAACUGAUCGCCCAUGUUGUGAUCACUCUCAAAUCAAACAGAUCAAGGCAGGCACACAGACACACACAAUCACUCACCCCCCCACACACACACAGACACACACACACAGACACACACAGACACACACAGAGCGUCACUCCCUUUCUGGAGCACAGCCUGAACCAAAGCACUUCACAGCUGACAGACAUGCAGAUUUCUUCAGUUUCUCUCGGCUAACAGGCACAUUAGGAGUCAGUCCCAGGUUCAUUCUCAGGUGGGAAGCAGACAGAGGCGAGGCUCAGUCCACCAGGCUUCUCGGUAAUCCGUGGAUUUCCCGACGAGACGGACGGCGCAGACUUGCGGGUGCGUCGAGGUGGCAGGAGCGGGCCGCUCAGGACAGCGCUCCUGUCCCGCCACGCGCCUCUGCUUCUGGUUUCACGCUGGAGUGUUGAACCCCCGAAUCAAAUUUUCUGGAUCGCUGCGUUAAUCUCUGCUUACCCACAUCCAAGCCAAGGGUGAAAUAAUUGAUUAGCAUGAAAAACAAUCAUCUUCAUGGAUGUUGGAAUGAUGUCUCUCUAUGUAAACAUGUGUGGAAUGAUUUUGAAUGCAUACAUCCAUUUAUUGAUGUGUGUGCAGUUGGCUUGAAUGUUUAAGGGAAAAUAACUCUGUAGAUUUAAUUUCUGUCUUUUCUUUUGUGAACUUUGGGCAGGUGUUCGCUCAUUAUCUUUUAAAACCUUUGUUUUUUCUUCCUCCACUGUGGGCAUUUUUGUUUCCCUCGAAUCUUGAUUGCCUGUUUAAAUUAACACUGCGUGACAAGCUGAUUUUAGGAACGCGUCCCUCAUUUAUUAGAUAAUGGAAGUUCAGAAUUACAAGCUAAUAUGAAAUGUGGAUUUCCUUCACACCCAUUCUCAUCCUGGUCCUUUUUGUUUCCUCUUUUUUUUUUUUAGUUCAUGUAGAUUAUUUAAAUUUUAAUGAAUUCAUCUGUGUGUAAUUACAGUAUGCAUUUAAAUCACACGUAUAACAUGUGAUUACUUACUCAGAAUGAUGGUUGUGCUUCCUUUUGAACUCAUAAAAUUCAUGAAGUUUUAUUUUUAAGUAUUUAAGUCGAUGCUUUCUCCCGUGUAAAUGCAAAGUCUUUACCUUGUGAGAUGCCAUUCAUGUCAAAAGUUUCACCUCAUGUUCGAUUAAACCCGGUACUGCGUGACGGCUUGGUGGCUGGACAUACGGCACGUAUCCCCAUGCAACUAGAUAAAUGAUUAAUUUGUGAUGUGCACGCAGAGAGGAAGUAGCAUAAUUGGGACUUUUGCACAUUAAGAGUUUCCCCCGAUCCUUCAAAGGAGCAGAAUUUGCUGAAUGAGCUGAAAACCUUUGCUGAGUGAGCGUAUUUUUAGCCAUACACAUGGACUGCAUGUGACUGGAAGUUGGCAAUACAUAUUCGUCUUGGCACAACGCCGCUGUGAGAAUGACGUUCAGGCGGCGUAUCGCUGAACAAAUGUUACGACUCCAGACUGAACCUUCCCUCUGUCGCUGGCCACCUCCCGAUCCCACCUGUUAGUUCAUCUGGAGAUGAAGUUCUCCCGCUAAACUAUUGCUUUCGUUUAUCUCCCUUUGGGGAAACUCAGUUUAACACUUCAACUGGUUAAAGCCAGAUAAUGACCGAAACUUUCUGUAUUUAAUAAAAAUACAUUCAGCGCUCGUGGUAAUGAAAUGAAUGACUGCUCUGUAUGUCCAGCCACAUUUAGCGUCAUGUUCAUUCGUGACAUUAUCCCAUCAUCCAUUGAGCUCCCUUUUAUUUAUUCUACUGUAGUGUCAAUUUUGGAAAAAAAAAAAUGCAAAACACACAAAAAAAAAACACCAACCUGUGAUAACCUUUUUGAAAAGCCUCUGUCUUGUACUGCUCACAUGUAUGAUCACUGAUUUGAAUGACAGCCAUACCUGUACAAACAUUGGUUUUCUCUGGUUUGUAGGGCUGCAGUGAGCAUAACUGCAACUGUGUUUACUGUUCGAUUACUUUGCAAACUUCUGGUCUGAAUGGAUUUUAGAAUGUAAAUACCUCUGUACAUAGCAGUUAAUGGACAUUUAAAAAUGCUUAGACUACUUUUUUCCCUGGAGCUGAUAUUUUUAUUUUAUACAAUAUUUCUGAGUUGUUUGGAAAAACAGAAAUUGCAGGAAGAGACAAAAAAAAAUGUUUGUACCCGUUUCAAGGACAUUGUCUUUGGUUACCUGUAAAUAGUUGUAUCUCAAAAAGAAAAAAAAAAAAAAAAGUUGCUACUUUCA